UCUCAAUAUUCCAUACAUAAAUAGCUCGAUAAUACGCAAUGUUUACAGUUGAAAAAAGAACUGGACGUAAAUAAGAUAACCUGAAUAUUAGGUUAACAUUCAGCUUUAUUCGCACAAAAAAUUCCUGAAACAAUGUCAGACACCAAGUUCGAAAUAAAGUCUGAAUACACGUUCCGCUGGCCACGGAAGGAAAACACCGCUUUGGAAUACAUUCUACGACGAUUAUCAGAGCACGUAGCAAAUGGGAGGGAAAAAUGCAUCACAAAUCCAGACACCGACGAGUCUCUGACUUUCAAAGAGCUACAAACCAACUCAAAACAAAUUGCGGGUGGACUGUAUAAUUUAGGCUUCCGAACAGACGAUACUUUGAUCUACUUGACAAAUAAUGUGCUCGUGAUUCAUUCCCUAAUUCUUGGCGUGUGGAGGGCAAACGGGACGGCGAGAGCGUCAUAUUGCGAAGAAAUUCAAGAUGCAUUACUGGAUCGCGUAAUUGAAUCUAAAUCUAAAUGGAUCGCGUGCGACGAGUCAAUUCUGGCUGAAGUUUUGCACGCAAUUUCUAAAGCUCCAUGGUCCAAUGAAAUAAAAGUGAUUGUUCUUGGGGAUCAUGAUAACAAACGAGAACGGGAAGGAUGCUAUUCACUCUCCUCUUUCCUCCAAGAAAGUGUUGGGCAAGAUUGUCCCCCCUUGGAAAUUGGACCAGACUCGGCAGCACUUAUCGUUCCCACGAGCGGUACUACUGGUCUCAGCAAGGGCGCCGUUUACAGUCAAUCGUCCCUCCUUCAGAACAUCCUUGCCUUUGAAUACACCUCUUUUACCGAUGAUCCAAAAACGGCGAGCAUCUUGGGAUCUAAACCCACCCACUUUAUCGGCUCUGCCGUCGCAUUCUCGUACAUUUGUGGGGGUCGAUAUCUUCUACAAAUGGCGUCUGUAACGGUGCCCAGGCUUUUCUCAGCGAUCCAAAAAUAUCAGGCACGAUCCUUGUUUCUCUUUCCCAAAUUCAUACUGGAACUUGUCGCCGAGGCGGAAGAGACGGGCUUUAGUCAUGUUUCCAAAGAUUUGCGUAGUGUCGCCUACUUGGCGACGGGGGGACAUAUCAUUACACCCGAAGCGAUGACGAUUAUGAAAAAGUUUCCGAAUUUGAAACAUUUUGUCGACAUUUAUGGCAUGACGGAAUGUGGGCUCAUUACGUCGAGUUCUGAUUGGGAUGCUUUACUUGAUGGCAAAUUUGAAGCGUUAAAAGACCUUCCUCCAUACAGCGUAGGCAAACUAAUCCCCGGUGUCCAAUUGAAAGUCGUACAUGUUGAGACCGGGGUAAAAUUGGGUCCUAUGGAGAAGGGAGAAUUGUGCAUCAAAACAGACCUUAUUUGCAACGGAUACAUACACAGACCCGAGGAUAACGCCAUCACUUUUCAAGAUGGGUGGCUAUUCACGGGAGACGUGGGAUACUAUGACGAGAAAGGAUUUAUUUACAUUGUGGAUAGAAAUAAAGAUAUUUUUCGGUAUUUUGGGGACCACAUUUCACCAACCGAGUUGGAGGAUAUCUUGAUGCGACAUCAGGCAGUGGCGCAAGCCGUAGUUUGUGGGGUGCCAGAUCCUCACGGGGGCGAAUUUAUUCCGAGAGCAUUCGUUGUUCUGAAUAAAACUUGUUCGAAAAAUGUGUCAAAUUGGGAUAUUUCUUCGUGGUUUAAUGAAAAAGUCGCUAAUUACAAACAACUUAGAGGAGGUUUGUUCAUCCUGGAACAAAUUCCUGUUGGAAAAACUGGGAAAAUUGUGCGGAAAUUGUUGGCAGAAAUGCCGGUUGUGGAUUCAUUUCCGAAAUAUGCUUAAAUAUUUUUACAAGUUACAAGUUACUUAACUUAAUUUUAAUUUUUGAAGCAAUUAAAUUAAAUUAAUGCAAGUUAAUGAAAUCUGGUGAACUUACUGUAA